AUGGCAGAGCGUCAGAAUCAUCCGUCGCAUAUGCCUGCGAGCAAGAGGCAUCUCGUAUGGCACACCGACCGGCUGCGAUUGGAUAACGCCGGCAGCUUUCUCGAACCCUCUACAGUGUACAACACAGUGUGCGGUCGCCGAGAUGAUCUGCAGCCAGACGGCGCUUGGAUCGCACGUUGCCGCAGCCAAGACUUUCAGGGGGCCGUCGGCACCAGCGACGAUCCGGAAUGCCAAAUGAUCGUCGACGCUGCAAGAGGACGUGAAGCGAGCGAAGGAAGCUCAGCGUUCGAACCGGCAGCUGAGGCACAGCAAACAAACGACACCGAGAUGCCGCAGUGCGAGCUUCGUUAG